AUGCACCUGCAGUUAUGCUUAGCUGAUUUUAUAACUGGCUUUAUCGGUAUUUCUAUAAAUUUAGAUCCGAUAUUGGAAUCGCCAAAAGCAAUCCAGCAUGGUUUUACGUUCCUUCCUGAUCCUCGAGAUGGCGGUUUGUAUAUUUUAAAGGAUGGGCAACUGAAGAAACUACCAUAUUCAAUUCCUCAACUGGUCAAUGCUUCACCGUGUCGAACGAAUGAUGGCGUGCUUUAUGCAGGAAGCAAACGAGAUGUAUGGUUGGAGAUUGAUCCAGAAACAGGCACGAAACUUCAUGAGCUCUCAUUAUCACAUACAGAUCGCCAUUGCCCUUUGAACAAAAACAGCAGUGUUUUCAUUGGAAGGUCUGAGUAUAAAUUAACAAUGUUUGAUCCGGAAAACCAAAAGCGACGAUGGAAUGCAACGUUCACGGAUUAUUCGAGUCAUUUGUUGCCAAGUAAGUGA